AAAGAAAGAAACACUACGGUGUCUGCCAACCCCACUCUCUCCUGGCUGUGAAACCAAUCCCCACAGCAGUUCUGCCACUCGCUGCGUCUUUUCCAAACAGACCCUAUUUCCAGUCACUCCCCAUGGCCAGCCAGUUCAGAUCACCCUCCAGCCAGCCGCCAGUGAACGCCACUGCCUAAGUGCCAGAACCAUCUACACCUUCAGUGUCCUGAAAUACAGCGAGUUCUCUCAGCCCGCCUGCUUCUUGCUGGAGGUCCCAGAAACCAACUGGGUUUUCCUGGUGCUGCCAUCACUUCUGCUACUGCUGUUAGCAAUCGCCACAGGGGGUGUGAUCUGGAAGAGCCUCAUGGGGAAUCCCUGGUUUCAGCAGGCAAAGAUGCCACGUGCCCUGGUAUAGCAAA